AUUUACGAACAAAACAUAUGUAUGUGAUAUUUUGAUUUCGAAUUGAAUUUUUUCAUUAAGAAAAAAUAAUCAUCAUGAAAACGGCUAUUAUAAUGUCAUUUUGUCGUCGUCAAUUUUAUUUUCAAUUGUUCCGACGACAUCAAUCAAUAUUGAAACAUUCUAAUCGUAUGAUUAGCACAACAAACAAAGUCCAUGAACAUUCUUCAUCAUUCAAAAGUGUUGACAUUUACGAAUUAGAUAAAUUUCGAAAAUUUUCACCAAAGUGGUGGAAAAGUGAUGAACUUUUGGCAUUAAGAAAUCUUAACCAAUUACGGGUACCGUUUAUUGUUGAUGCUAUUCAUUCACGACUAAAUGAUCAUUUUGAUCCGGUAACAUGUUGUUCACGAUUUCCAUUAAAAAAUUCUAAAUUGUUGGAUAUAGGUUGUGGUGGAGGAAUACUUGCCGAAUCACUAGCUCGUUUAGGUGCCAAUAUUUACGGUAUUGAUCCGGUCAAAGAGAAUAUUGCUGUUGCCAAGAAUCAUGCACGUAUUUCAUUUGCCGAAACCGAAACUAUGAUCAAUUAUCAAUCAACAACAAUCGAAGAAUUCAGUAACAUUGAUGAAAAUCAAAAUUCUUUUGAUGCUGUCAUUGCAAGUGAAGUUCUGGAACAUGUAGAUGAUAUCAAAUCCUUUUUACAAAGUUCCAUAAAUUGUAUUCGUCCUGGUGGUUUUCUUAUAAUCACAACAAUCAAUCAAACAUUGUUAUCAUAUUUUGGAGCAAUUCUUAUUUCCGAAUAUAUUCUUGGUUUGUUACCACGAGGAACACAUGAAUAUUCGAAAUUUAUUCCACCGGCAGCAUUAAGUUUGAUAUUAAAAGAGGAUUAUGGUUGCGAUGUAAUCAAAAUUCAUGGAAUGUUUUUUAAUCCAGUUACUUACCAAUGGAGCUGGACACAGGAUCAAUCUGUUUCGUAUGCAUUGUUGGCGAUCAAACGUUAAUAGUCCAAAAAAUUCAACUAGUUGACAUUUAAUUGAAUCAACGUGAUAGUUUCAUUGGUGUAACGGAUUUACUCAUCUUUGAUCGUCAUCCUCAUGAUUCUGUUUAGUUUGCACUAACUAUUUUUUUAACCGAUCAAUCAUCAGCGAUACAUUUUUUUUCUCAACAAAUUCAUUGUGAUCAUUGAUUGAUUUUGUACAUGUUUGUAAACAUUGUUUAAGAGAUUUCAUUUUUUCAUGUUUGUUCCGUU